UAUGUACCCGCGACUUGCUCCCACACGUCCUGCAAGAUUUGCCUUUGGUGAUCGAGAAGUCUGGUACAAAAAGGACGAUUUUCCAAAGAUUGUUGUCACUUCGAAUGCAUUGCAUGUCUGCUUACUGACUGACUGUCAGCCUGUAUUGCUAUCUUCCCUUGACAGAUAAUAAGUCACCAUGGAUUUCGGGAGCAAGUAUGUUUUCGUCAAACGAGAGGAGGAUGAAGAGGAAGAGGUGUUGGACGAUGCCGAAGUAUCUACCGGUCUUGAUAAGCUCAAAGUUGAGAUCAAAACAGACAGUACUGAGACUGGAGAGCCAUGUAUCAUUGAUUUAUUGGAUACCGCUGGCCAGGAGGAAUACUCAGCCAUGCGAGAUCAGUACAUGAGAACGUGCGAGGGGUUAGCUAUUGUGUAUUCCAUCACUGACUUGGCGUCGUUUGAGGAAGCCAUCAAGAUUUACCAGUUUGGACUCAGAAUAAAAGGAGACGAUCAUAUCCCAGCAGUACUGAUUGGAAAUAAGAAUGAUCUUGAGAGUGAAAGAAAAGUAAGUACUGAGAAGGGAAAGGAAAUGGCAAGAAAGCAUAACAUGGUAUUCUUUGAGACAUCAGCUAAGACUGGAGACAAUGUCCAGGAAUGCUUCAAGGCCCUUGUCAGAGAGACACCCCGAUAUAGCAACAGAUACAAGUUUGUUGUUGUUGGAGGAGGUGGGGUAGGAAAGUCAUCCAUCACUGUCCGUUUUGUUCAAGACGUCUUUGUGGACACCUAUGAUCCUACCAUUGAAGAUUCCUAUGUAAAGCAGAUUGUUGUCAGUGACAUUCCAGCAGAUAAGCUGAACCCCCCUCCCAAACCAGCGUCCAUGGUGCCUCCUCCUCCUCCUCCACAGUCUUUUGGUUCACGGCCAAAGUCAGGUGGCUUUAGUGGACUUUUUAAAAGAUCUAAGAAACAGAAAACACCAGCUAUGAUGCAGCAGAUGCCACAGGUGCCACAGAGGAUGAGGAGGAUGAAUUGUUUGGGCGGACCUCCACCUCCACAACUGAAACAGCUAUUGAUGGGAGGAGCAUCAAAGGUUGCUGCACCCAAAUCUUAUCGCCGAGCUGAUGCCAACGUCAUCUUGCUAUCUCUGGGAUCCCUGGAGAAUGACCCUGUCAUCAUGACAGGUGACCCGGUACGCUGCUCCAACUCCAAGUGCAACAUUCUGUUGUCCCAUGUCUCCAGGCUAGAGCCUGUGGAGAAUGAGGAGCAGCGAAAUUGGGCCUGUGAGUUUUGUGGCCAGCAGAAUGGAGGUCUAGACAUUGUAGACGAGGAGGUACCAAAAGAGAGCAGUGUUGAUUACCUGUUGGCAGCUGCACCAGAGAAAGUAGCAGAUGGAGAAGAGAAGGACAAGGAUGGCAAACCCUCAUCCCAUCCUGGUCUAGUUCUUUACUGUGUUGACAUGAGUGGUUCCAUGGCUGAGAGAACACAACUUCCUGAGCUUCAAGCUGCUUGGAUGGCGCAGCGUGGUCAAACAAAUUCUAGUGUUACCCGUUUGGAGUGUAUGAAGCAGGCUAUUACCAGACAACUAGAUUUCUUUGAGCUGGAUGAAGACAGUGAAAAGAGGGUUGGACUGGUAACCUUUGAGAGUCAAGUGUUGGUUAGAGGAGAUGGUAGUCAGACCCAAAGGAGUGUCUCUGACCCCAUGACUGAUAUGCAAGGUCUCAUCAAGAAAGGAAAAGACAUGGCAUCCCAGUUUAACAUCCGCCCUGUCAGCACAGCAGUAGGAGACCUCAGGUCCCAGGUGUCUAAUCUUAGGACUGCCGGUUCCACUGCACUUGGUCCAGCUCUGUGUGUCUGUGUAGGUUUACUUGCCAAAGAACCUGGAUCUGAGAUUGUACUGUGCACCGAUGGUCAGCCUAACGUUGGGGUAGGAUCCUUUGGAUUUGGGCACCACAGAGGAGACAGUUCAGAAGCCAUAUCUUUCUACAGACAGAUUGGCAACAUUGCUAAAGAGCAGCAGACAACCAUCUCAAUCAUCGGGAUCCAGACGAACCAGUCUCUUCAGAUGGAACACAUCAGCAACACUGUCUCCAUCACUGGGGGCAACCUCAACCUCCUAGACCCCCAUGAACUCACCAGACAGAUUCGUCAGCUUGGUCAGGAUCCUGUAGUUGCUAACGACGUUGAGCUCACCCUCGUCCUCCAUCCCAUUCUCCAGUUUGAUGAGUCGAUGACUGAAGGGGUGAUCCAAGAUGGAAACCGUUUGACCCUUAACAUGGGUAAUGUCCAUCGGUCUACAGACCUGACUUUCCGCUUCAAACUCAAACCAGGACAGAGCGAGGCACAGCAGGGUACGCUUCCUUUCCAGGUUGAAAUCCGUUACACUAAAACUGACGGACGACGUUUCCUCAGGACCAUUACCCAUGAGCGAAGCACUACAUCUGAUCGAUCAACUAUGGAAACGGAGAUGAACCCAACUGUAACCGGUCUUGCUACUGUACAAGAAGCAGCAAAGAUGGGAGAGAAGGGAGACAGAUCAAAGGCUAGGGGUCACAUUUGGUCCAUGGCAAAGAUGAUGCAACGAUCCAAUGCAUCAACCGGUAGUGGAGAUAUUCAACAGCAGCAGGCCCAAGCAGAAUCUACCAUCCAAUUUCUAAACCAAGCUGCAGAACUUGAUAUGGCUUAUGGGUAUGAAGAUGAUGAGGAUGCUGUUGCAGCCACAAGCAACUUACACAUGCGAUCCAAAGCAGAUAAGUUCCGUUCAGCAGAGGCCAAGGCAUCUAGUAGUAAUCUGAAGCAUAAGAAAGGAAAAGGAGCAGCAUUUUCAAAGCAAUAUUACGGCUACAAAUAGAUUGUGGACAAGUCUGUUGGUCAAGACUUGCUUCAACCAAAUUUGUUCUUUGACCUAUCACUAACAAAUAUGUAAAGGCAUGAUCCAUAGUCAUAUUUAUACCUCAAUGUGUU